AUGUUUCUGCAGGUUGGAAUAGCAGCGCAUGAAAUCGGUCACGCUCUUGGUAUGUGGCACACUCAAUCAAGGCAUGAUCGUGACCAGUACAUCAAACUCUUCACAGAAACUAUUAUCCCUGACUGGCUUGACCAAUUCAAAAAGGAGACCAGGGCGACGAACGAAAACUACGGCAUUCCAUAUGAUUACGCUGAGUUCAGCUCGUCAAGAAACGGCAAACCCACGAUGGUGCCUCGCGACACUAACUAUAUUGAAACUCUUGGUUCUCCGUUCAUUUCCUUCUAUGAACUACUUAUGAUGAAUAUUCACUAUGGCUGUCUUGACAAGUGCAAGUCCCAUCCUUCGGCCGCGAAGUGUUAUAUGGGUGGCUUCCCACAUCCAAGAGACUGUUCCAGAUGCGUUUGCUCAGGCGGUUACGGAGGCAAACUGUGUAACGAAAGACCAGCCGGUUGCGGAAAGAUCCUAACAGCUAACAGUAAUUAUCAAAAACUCGAAGAUGUAUUGGGCACCAGAGGAAGGGGAGAACGUGAAGACUUUGAUAUGUGUUACUAUUGGAUCCAGGCCCCACAAGGAAGAAAAAUUGAAGUCAAGUUCGAGUCCUUCAGUGAAGGUGUAGCACUUGAUGGAUGCCCCUAUGCAGGAGUUGAAAUUAAGACCCAAAAGGAUCAGCGUCAAACUGGUUACAGAGUCUGUGCUCCUGAAGAUGCGGGACUUCGCUUAGUAUCUGUAUCAAACAUCGUUCCUGUAAUCACCUACAACAGAAUAGAGGCAACAAGAACUGUUCUGCAAUACCGCAUGGGUACGUCUACCACCUAUUUUCUAUGA